AUGCCGAAAACCAAACAAGAACUAGAAUCAAGGGGCAAUUUUUCGGACGAUGAAGAUCACCCAUUGAUGGAUCUGGAUAAUGGCAUUGUAGGCUGGGAAAGCCAGCACGACCCGGAGAACCCCAGCCCAUUCUCUUCCUCUGUCUUCGCACCGGCCGUUGGCCGCACGCAGCAGGAGCUCGGAGAUACUUCUUCAAUCCUGGGUUCGCUUGCUGUGACGAGUUAUUUAUUCGGGUACGGCACCGGUCCUUUCCUCUUCUCCCCCCUGAGUGAGAUAUACGGUCGCAGAUUCGUCCUCAGUGCGGCCAAUGUGAUAUUUGUGCUCUUUCAAGUGGCCUGCGCGCUUGCGCCGAAUAUGCCUGCCCUUAUCGCGUUCCGGACUAUGGCUGGAAUCGGCGGCUCGGCGGGGUUAACUACUGGCGGCGGAGUAGUCGCUGAUCUGUUCACGACGGAGCAGCGAGGGCUUGCCAUGUCGGUUUUCACGUUUGGUCCAUUGUUUGGACCUGUUCUGGGGCCCAUUUGCGGCGGGUUUAUUGCAGAAAGGGCUGGCUGGCGUUGGGUAUUCUGGAUUCUUGCCAUCUCUGGCGGGUUACUGACCUUGUUGGUCAUGGUGUUUAAUAGAGAAACGAACCCGAUCGUUCUGAUCGAGAGGAAGACAGAGCGCCUACGCGAGGAACUACAGAAUGCAGACCUCAAAAGUUGCUACAAGACGGCCAAUUCGGAAUCAAAAAGAAACUACCAUCACAACUUACUUGCUCCAUUCCGCCUACUCCUCUCCCCCGUCGUCUUCCUCAUAUCAGCAUACAUUGCAACCAUUUACGGAUGUCUCUACCUUCUCUUCACAACCGUCACCCACGUUUUCCAGGAUGUCUACGGAUGGAGCACCGAGCUCAGCGGCCUAUCUUACAUCGGCCUCGGCCUCGGGUUUCUAACAGGCCAAGCAGCCUUCGGCCUCCUCGGCGACCGCAUAAUCGGGCACCUGAAGCGUCGCAACGAGGACGGGCACUUUGAGCCCGAAAUGCGCCUUGCCAUCAGCAUCCUUUUUGCGCCAUUUAUCCCAAUCUCCUUCUUCUGGUAUGGCUGGUCUGUCCAGUCGCACACACACUGGAUCAUUCCCAUCGUCGGACUGUUUCCCUUCGCCAUCGGGGCCGUCGGGAUCUUCUCCAGUCUGCAGACAUACAUUGUUGACUCAUAUACGCGGCACGCAGCCUCGGGUAUUGCGGCGAUUACCGUUUUUAGGUCGUUUGCUGGGGCAUUACUUCCGCUUGCUGGGCCGCCGAUGUAUGCGGCGCUGGGAUAUGGGUGGGGGAACUCGCUGCUGGGGUUUCUUACGCUAGUGAUGAUACCCGUGCCUGUGGGCUUUUACCUGUUUGGAUGGAGGCUGAGGAGGAAGUUUUCGAUUUAG